AUGGUCUCUGAUAAUACUUUUGAAUCUGAAUCUUCUGCUCACUAUAAUUCCUCACUUAAAGCAAACCAAUUGGAUCUUGAUAUUACAGCUCAUCUAGAGAAAAUAGACAAUUUUCCUUCAACCUCUGCUACGGAUACUAAAAAUGAAACUUUUCUGGUUAAUGGCAGAAAUAUUACCUUCUCCUUGCCUGUUAUUAUGGAAAUAUUAACCAACAAACCUGUCGGAAACUUCUUUUCAAAGAUUGGCCUUAGCUCUAAUUUUUAUCAAGUUCCUUUCAGAAAAACAGAUAAAGAUAAACCUUUCUUUGUUCAAGACAAGGGAUUUUUUGAAUGGGAUCAUAUCCCAUUUAUACUCGAUACUUCCCCAACUUCCUUUCAAGGUUACAUUCGAGGCCUACUUCAUAGCAUGAUUGGAGUUUGUUGUUAUGUCUAUAUGGAUGACAUCAUUAUUUUCUCUCCCUCGGGAGAACAAAAUAAGAAAGAUGUCCGUUCAGUCUUGUCGGUAUUACGUGACAACAAUCUUAAUGUCAAUCUUGAGAGAUGUGAUUUCUUUCGUGAAGAAAUAGAAUUUUUGGGCUUUAAGCUCACUUCUUCAGGAAUCACUUUUGAAGAAUCCACCGUUAAUAAUACCACGAAUUGGCCCAGACCCCGAAAUGUGAGGGAGGUGAAAACAUUUGUUGACUUUGCUAAUCACUUUAGUAAACUUAUCAAAAAUUACAGGUCUCGCAUAGAGCCUCUACAGAAUAUUAUUGAUAAAGGUUACAUAUGGACUUUAGAUUGUGAUGAAGCUUUUGCUUUAGUCAAAAACAUAUUUGAUUUAGACCCAUUUCUUCAACAUUUUUCUCUCUUAAAUGAAACCCUUGUGGAAAUUGGUACUUCUUUCAGUGGCAUGGGUGCCGUUCUCUCUCAAAAACACAAAGAUGAUAAUAAGUUUUAUCCGGUAGCCUUUUUCAGCAAAAAAUUUGACAAAAAGGAAAGAAAUUAUUCCACAUAUAAUCGGGAAUUACUAGCAAUUGUGGAAACCCUAGGCCAUUGGUCUCAUUAUCUCACUUGCUUGCCUUUCACCAUUCUUUCGGAUCAUGCUGCAUUACUCAAUUUCACUACCUUUAAAAUAGAGACUUUCAGAUCAAACCAAUGGUACCAUGAGCUUUUAAAUUAUGAGUUUGAUAUUAAAAAUAGACCUGGUAAUAAUAAUGUUACUGAGGCUGCUUUAUCCAUGAUUCAUAUUUAUGACGAAGACUCUCAGCAACAGAUCGAUGACAAAACUACAGUAUUACAACCCUUUCAAGUCUCUCAGCAAGAAUUUACCGACACUAGAUUAUACUCAAUGUCUGUGAAUUCAGAAUUUUCUUUUGCUAAUAUCCCUGUCAUUGAUUCGUCUCCUUUGCUUGAACUCACCCCAGACUUGAUCCAAGCAAUUAUCAAUUCCCAGAAAAAGCAUACUAAAGAAGGCACCAAAUGGAAUGAAUUUAUGAUUUUUAAUGAACGCAUUUACAUACCUGAAAAGGAUACAGAUUUAAUAAAUAAGCUCUUAAACUUUUACCAUUCGAAGGUGUAUUUACACACUGGGCGAAAUAAAUUAUACCUUUCAUUACGUUCUACGUUUUACAUCGAAAAUCUUAGAUACCUCGCUGUUGAACAUACAAAAACUUGCCAUUUAUGUCAAACUAGAAAAUUUCGCGAAAAAGUUAGUGUCGGCGGAGAUCUAUAUAAGCCAAUAUUGCCUUCCCCUUUUGUUCACGUUAAUAUAGACUACAUUACUAUGACAGGAGAAUACAAAACCGGCUUAACUAUCUGUUGCUUGUUUUCCAGAUAUAUUCAUUGUAUUCCUUAUACGGUUGGUGAAGGAUUUAAGAAAAUUCAUGAACAUUUAGAUGAAUUUUUCCGUCACCAGAUUGGGGUUUACCCUAAGAAGAUUACUUUUAGUAAUAAUAAUAAAGCUUUUCAUAAUGUGGAUUUAAUUUAUUGGUGUUUACAACACAAUAUUAAAUUAUAUUUCCUAAACCUUUAUCAUCCACAAUUAAAUAGUCAAGUGGAAAGAUCAAAGGCUCUUCUUAUAGAGGAAAUCUUCUUCUACUUACAAGAACACAACCUGCCCGAGGAACAAUGGCAUACACAUCUCCCCCAAGUCUUGGAAGUACUUAAUACAUUCAAAAACUUUGUUGCCAAAUAUUCUUCCAAAGAAAUUGUCAAUUGCCCCCUGGAUAGACAAGAUUCUAUGUGGCCUGAUGUCCUCCACAAUAUUUACGAAUUCUUAGGCAUUUCCUCUGAUAAAAACUCAGACCAAAUUAAACACUUUGCUCGGGGAGACUGGGUGACGGUUGACACUUAUGUUUCUGAUUGGAUUUCCGGAAGAUUUAAGGGUGCUGGAGUAUUGAACCCUCCUAAAAGGAUUGGCCCCUUCCGAGUCAUUUACAAGAUCAAUGACCAACUUUAUUUGUUACAACUCCCUCCAACAUGGAUGCAAUUUGGCCGACAUAUUAACUCUAUUUUCAAUAUUACUCAUCUCAACCGAUACUUUUUAAAAACUGGAAUUACUCCUCCACCAGCACCAAUCGCAUUAGUAGACAAUGAAUAUGCUGUUCAUGUUGUCAGAAUCCUCAAACGGACAUUCAAAGAUGACUUUGUUUUGGAGAUUGCAAAAGGAAAUCAUCUCACAGUCAAAUUCUUACAUGAGUCAUGCAAAGAGUUAUUGGAAGCUUUUGAGAGCAUCCAGGCUAAACGUUUUUCUGGAGAGAAAUUUCGGGUAGAAACUCCUAAAAUGUGGACUGCUCGUUUCAAUGGUUCUUCUUCAUUUUAA